AGUUAAAGUAACAUAACCUCAAUCAUCAACGUCAUUAGCAUCACAAUAAUAGCACAAAUAGCUUAUCUAUUUAAUUUAGAAAUAAAUAGCAAUAAGCAACAGUUAAACUGCUCUAGAUUAAUCAACAGCAGUAGAUUAAAGCCAUAGUUGCUUAGUUUCUUAAAAAUUGAAGUUUGGGGAAUGAUCUGAUUAGUAGAGAUUAUUUUGUUUAAAAUUACAUUUUGACAAGAAAGAUUCAAUUUCAUAUGAUUCAAGAUGUCUGACAGUGACAAUUCACAAAGUUCGGAUGACUUACGGGUGAAGAAAACCAGGAAACGAAAGAUUGAAAGCGAUGAUGACGAAUGGAUUCCUGAAGAGGAACCAGCUGCUAAGAAAAAUGCAAAAUCAAGUAAGAAAAUCAAGUCCGAAGAUUCAUCAACCAGAACCAGAGUUAAGAAAGAAGCUCAGCCCAAAGUUAAGAAAGAAACUCAGGCUAAAGUUAAAAAAGAAGCACAGCCCAGAGUCAAGAAAGAAACUCAACCCAAAGUAAAGAAAGAAACUCAACCCAGAGUCAAGAAAGAAACUCGAGCCAAAGUUGAAAAAGAACUUGAAAACAAAAUAAAAGAAGAACCAAAAGUAAAACAAGAACUGAAUCACUCAUUCGAAGAAUACGAUGAAGAAAAUAAACAAUAUCAGUUUGGUAUGUCAUCAAACCAUACUUUCAAGAAAGAUGAUAAGGAGAAUGCCUUCCAGUCAAUGAAAGGAGAGGAACAAGAAAUAAAGUUCGAUGGUGAGGCCAGUAGUGAUCUUUUUGAUGACAAAAAAUAUCUGAAAAUCAAACCAGCUUGGCUACCAGAGGAGCUGCUUUCAGAAAUGAUGGACUUGAACAUUGUGAUAUCAAGAAAUAUUAUUUUACUUUUCGAAGCUGAUAAUACGAUUCCAUUCAUAGCUCGUUAUAGGAAAGAACUAAUUGAUAAUAUGGCUCCUGAGAGGCUGCGCCAAGCAAAGGAAGCAUAUGAAACAAUCAAGGCUAUCCAGGCAAAGGCAGCUACAAUACUGAAAAUGAUUGAUAAGGCGGGCAAAAUGAAUCCUGUCCUGGAACAAUGCAUUCUCGGCGCUAGGAGCUUCACCGAACUUGAACAUAUUUAUGCACCUUACAAGGUGGGUGGCAAAAAAACAAAGGCUGACAAUGCAAGGAAGCUGGGCCUUGAAGAGGCCGCGUUGAGUGUGUUGAACGGCACAGGGUACAUCUCGCUAGAGUCUUUCUUAAAUCCGGCUGUUGAUGGCUUAUCCACUGUGUUCGACGUAGAAAACAAUAUUUCAUUCAUAAUUGCAGAUGUUAUUUCAAAAGAUAAGGAGGUCUUGGAUCAUCUUAGAAAAUUGCAAAAAGAUGCUCAUAUCAAGAUUGAGUGCUCCAAAUCUAAAGCGACCAAAAGUACAGAAGGAAAAGCUAAGAAAGAAAAAGAAAACAAAUCCAACAGCAAUAAACAUCAGAAUAAGGAUGAUACUGAAGGAAAAUAUCAAAACUACUAUUCAUUCUCACAAAACAUAAAAUUCAUCAAACCUCAUCAGGUAUUGGCAAUAAACAGAGGAGAAAGUCAAAAAGCGCUAUCAGUAAAAAUAGUCGUCAGUGAUUGGCUGAGUAAAGCCAUGUUCUCGUUCUGUCAAAGAAAAUUCAUGAAUCAAGGUCGUCAUUAUCCUUUGAGAACGCAUUUUUUCAAGAAGAGUUUUGAUGAUGCUUACAACAGGCUAAUUCAGCCUCUGGUAGUGCGUAGUGUUCGAUCAGAACUAAAUAGAGUUGCUGAAACCGCUGCCAUCGAAGUAUUCGCAACCAAUUUGAAGAAACUCCUACUCAGUCCUCCAUUGAAAGGGAAAACCAUCUUGGCACUUGAUCCAGGUUUCAAAAACGGGUGCAAAGCUGCAGUGACAUCAUCAACUGGUGUUAUUUUAGAUGCCACUGUUCUUUACUUCAAACUCUUCAAUAAUUCCAAUCCUUCGAAUGAUCAGGCUGCCUCAAAACUCAGAGAUAUGAUAAUCAAACAUCAAUGCGAAUUGAUAGGAUUGGGCAAUGGAACUGCCUGCCGUGAAACUGAAAACUAUUUGAGUCAGUUGAUAUCGAUUGGAUGGUUUAAGCCUGUUGAUGUCAAGUAUACGAUUGUCGACGAAACGGGCGCAUCCAUAUACAGCUGCAGUCCUGAAGCAGCCAAGGAGUUUCCAGACAUGGAUCCCAACCUUAUAAGUGCUGUUUCGCUGGCCAGAAGACUUCAGGAGCCAUUGUGCGAACUGGUGAAGAUCGAGCCGAAGCACCUGGGCGUGGGCAUGUACCAGCACGACGUGCCAGUCAAGCAGCUCAGCUCCACUCUGGACGAGGUCGUCUCCGAGUGUGUCAGCUUUGUCGGCGUCGAUGUCAACACUGCCUCGCAUUCUGCUCUCAGGAGGGUGGCAGGAUUGAAUGCUUCAAGAGCUACGAAAAUAAUCGAAUUUAGAGAAAGCAACUGCUCAUUCACGAAUAGACAGCAGAUUCGUCUGGUGAAAGGCAUUGGAGAUAAGAGCUACGAACAAUGUGUUGGCUUCAUACGAAUCAUACCACAAACUGCUACCCAAUCAAUGAAUGUUAAAUCAGAGAGUAAUACAAAGAAAAAAGUAGGCGUCGAGAAAGAUCUGAAUCCAUUGGACCAGACAUGGAUUCAUCCAGAAAACUAUUCUGUUGCCAAAAGGUUCAUUACGAAGUGCAACUUGGAACUGGAAAAUCUAGGAACUGCCAAUUUUAUUCAACGAAUCAAAGAAACUGUUUCAAGGUUUGGAAUAACUAGUCUUGCCAGUGAGUUUGAAAUCUCGGAGGAGCAAAUGAAAUUGAUCAGUGAAGGAUUACAAGUGGCACCUGACUAUGACUUCCGCUCCAACUUCAGUCAACCGCUGUUCAGGAGAGGUGUUAAGUCAAUGGAGGACAUUCGUGUUGGUGAUGUUCUAACUGGUCGAGUUAAAAAUGUGACACAUUUCGGCUCGUUUGUUGACAUUGGCGUGGGCAGUGACGGCCUGAUACCUGCUAGCAGGCUGAGGAAUGUGUCGCCCCAACUGGGGGACAGAGUCGAGGUGAGGGUUAUCAGUGUCGAAGUAGAGCGUAGACGUAUCGGUCUCGAUGUACUUAGGAUACUGUAGAAUGUACGUUAGUUACCGAAUUAGUCAAGGAUCUUUGAUUUAGCAGUCAUAAAGGCAACUUGACAGAUAAGGCUACAAUGGUGGCCCAAGGAUACGCCAUCUGAAUUCUAGGCUCUACAAUUAUAAUGAAAAGUGAGUUGAUUUGGUUCUGUUAAUGGAAUCUAUGAUCCGAAACCCUUGUAAGGCAUUAUGGUUUAUGACUAGAAUAACAAAUAAAUGAGUUCUAGUGACUAAAUAGGUACGUACGAUUUAUAGUACCGAAACUCAUUAAAACAUUAUGCUCAAGGACUCCAGAAUCUCAUAUAAGUGAAUAAAAAAUCUUUCCAGCACCUUAUAUCAUGUUAUUAAUUCGUAGUAAA